GUUUGGUUAACUAACGAAACUUAAAUUCACAAAGAAAUGUACGGAGGAAGUAGAGCCCCAAUAUUGGUUCUGAGUCAGAACACAAAACGUGAAUCAGGCAGAAAAGUUCAGCUGGAGAACAUAAAUGCCGGAAAGCAAGUCGCUGAUGUAGUAAGGACAUGUCUUGGUCCACAAGCAAUGUUGAAAAUGUUGAUGGACCCCAUGGGAGGGAUCGUUAUGACCAACGAUGGAAAUGCCAUCCUACGUGAAAUCACGGUUCAGCAUCCGGCCGCUAAAAGUAUGAUUGAGAUCGCCAGAACUCAAGAUGAAGAAGUUGGUGAUGGUACCACUUCCGUUAUUGUACUUGCUGGUGAGAUGUUGGCUGCGGCUCAACAGUUUUUGGAACAGCAAAUGCAUCCAACUGUCAUAAUUCGAGAUUAUAAACGCGCUCUAGAUGAUAUGAUCUCGCUACUUGAAGGACCAUUGAGUGUUCCAAUUGAUAGAAAUGACAAGGCUGCAUUGGCAAAUGUGGUAAAAGGCUGUGUCGGCACAAAAUUCAUAAAACGUUGGGAGGAAUUGGCAGUCAACAUAGCUUUAGACGCUGUCCAAACAGUAUUAAUUGAAGAAAACGGACAUACAGAGAUUGAUAUUAAACGAUAUGCAAAAAUAGAGAAAAUACCCGGGGGUACAAUUGACGAUUCUAUGAUUCUCAAAGGAGUAAUGUUGAACAAAGAUGUCACCCAUCCUAAAAUGAGGAGGUACAUCAAAAAUCCAAGAAUUAUAUUAUUGGAUUGUCCAUUAGAAUAUAAGAAAGGAGAAUCUCAAACUAACGUGGAAAUCACAAAUGAGGCAGAUUUCACGAAGCUUUUAGAAUUGGAAGAAGAACACGUCAAACGUCAGUGUGAGGAGAUCAUCGCUCUGAAACCAGAUUUAGUAUUUACAGAGAAAGGAGUGUCUGACUUGGCUCAGCAUUUCCUUCUGAAAGCCAAUAUAACUGUCAUCAGACGACUUCGCAAGACUGAUAACAAUAGGGUCGCUAGGGCUUGCGGUGCAACCAUCGUUAGUAGAACAGAUGAAUUACAGGAGUCUGAUGUUGGACUUGGAGCUGGUCUCUUUGAAAUUAAGAAAAUAGGAGAUGAAUAUUUCUGUUUCAUCACUGAAUGUAAAGACCCCAAGGCUUGUACCAUUCUGUUGAGAGGAGCUAGCAAAGAUAUUUUGAAUGAAAUUGAGAGGAAUCUACAAGAUGCUCUACAAGUAGCUAGAAAUAUUCUAUUGAAUCCAAGGUUAGUACCUGGCGGUGGUGCUAUUGAGAUGGCUGUUGCUCAGCGUUUAAUCCAGAAGGCAACUCAUGGUCCUUAUAGAGCCCUAGCACAUGCGCUUGAAAUCAUACCAAAAACCAUUGCUCAGAAUUGUGGAGCAAACACAAUCAGAACACUUACUGCUUUGAGAGCAAAGCAUGCCAAUCACACAGAUGAGAACACCCCUUGCUCUUGGGGAAUCAAUGGUGAAACCGGGGAAUUGGUUGAACAAACCAAGAACAACUUGUGGGAACCACUGGCAGUUAAACUUCAAACUUACAAGACUGCUGUGGAAACCGCUGUGCUUCUUCUGAGAAUCGACGAUAUCGUAUCUGGAUCCAAAAAGAAGGGGGCUGAUGGACAACCUGCUCAGCCAGCGCAGCAGGAAUAAACCAAUCGAAAUUGUGUUAAUUUUAAUUAUUGUUCAUCAUUUGGCAUUUAUGUUGUCAAUUCCUCACAUCUAAAUAUAAUUUAAUAAACCAAACUGUAUUUUCAUGCUUUUUGCUAAUAAAAACGUUUUAAUCACUA